AUGCACAAAAAGGCGGUGACUCGAGCGACGUCUGGACCCGGUCCUCUUCAUCCCACCUUUGCGUUGCCGACCACCGAGAUCGCAGGCCCCCUCCUGUGGCACAUGAAGCGCUCACGCUCGCCCGAGGAGCAUCUGCCGUCAUCAUCGUCGCCCGUUUCCGCUGACGAAGAGCAGGGCCAGCAGCCCUCGACCGAGGCAGACGUAGAACUGCCCAGCGCCAAGAUUGCCACUCUGGACGACGGCCACGCUGACGCUGCCGCAGAGCCAGCCAUGAUUUGCCUCUUGCACCGCGAGAGCGUCGACUUCUCGUCCUACGGCGCAUAUGAGUCGCACUACAACCGAGAGCAUCUCAACCGUUGUCUCGAGUGCCACCGCAACUUCCCGUCGCCCUUUUACCUCGGCCUCCAUACGGACGAGUGGCACGACCCUUUUGUUGCCGUCAGGCGAGACAAGGGCGAACACACGUAUGCCUGCUUUGUCGAGGGCUGCGAGCGCAAGUGCGGGUCGGCCGACAAGCGACGGCGCCACCUGAUCGACAAGCACCACUUCCCCAAGAACUUCUUCUACGCCAUCACGCAGCAUGGCGUCGACGGCCGGCAGUCUCUCCUGGACGACGGCCGGUGGCGGCAGCAGCAGCAGCAACACCACCACCGUCGCCGGGAGAACAGCGAAUCGGACUCGGACAGACAAUCCGACGUCGAGAUGGACGAUCUCACCGGCGCGCUCUCGGCCAUGACGUUUGCGCCCCGCGGCGUGCGGUUUGGCCGCGGAGGCCGAGUCGGCUUCGCCCGACGCUCAUGA